AUGAAGAGGUGUACUGGUAUCAAAAAAGCAGAAGUCGAUGGAUGCGAUUUGGUGAUCACAAUACUGGCUAUUUUCAUGCCCAAACAAAGCAAAGACAAGCCCGGAAUCACAUUACGGGUCUUCAUGACCGGAAUGUCGGCGUUUGUGGAGGGUCGUCUAAUAUCGGAUAACAUUUUGAUAGCUCAGGAGAUGUUCCAUGGUUUACGGACAAAUCCUUCUUGUAAAGGGAAGUUCAUGGCCAUCAAGACGGACAUGAGCAAGGCUUAUGACCGGGUGGAAUGGUCUUCCGUUGAGCUUUUACUUCGGCAGUUUGGUUUUUGUGAUAAGUGGGUCUCCUGGAUUAUGUCUUGUGUAACUUCGGUACAAUAUAAGGUCUUGAUUAAUGGUCAGGCUUAUGGUUCUAUUACUCCUUGUCGGGGCUUACGUCAGGGAGAUCCGUUAGCGUCCUACUUAUUUAUCCUUUGUACAGAGGUGCUUAUAGCACACUUUUAUAGAGCAGAGCAGCGGAAACUUAUUACUGGUAUUAAGGUUUCGACUGCUAGUCCGGCCAUUUCUCAUCUUUUGUUUGCUGACGACAGUCUCUUUUUCUGUCGGGCUACAAAAGAACAAUGUGCGGUGGUGCUCGGGAUUGUCCAGAAGUAUGAGUGGGCCUCCGGGCAACAAAUCAAUUUUCAAAAAUCUUCGGUUCAAUUUGGCCAUACGGUGGACCAUGCUCUCCGAGAGGAAUUAAAGGGAAUCUUAGGGAUUACUAAUUUGGGUGGUAUGGGUUCUUAUUUAGGCAUUCUGGAAAGCUUAGGAGGGGCUAAGACACAAAUUUUCUCUUAUGUUCAGGAUAGGUUACAAUCACACGCAAGUGGUUGGCCUGCUAGACUUCUAUCAAAGGGCGGUAAAGAGGUAAUGAUUAAAUCUGUUGCUACGGCUGUCCCGACUUUUGUGAUGUCGUGUUUUCGGUUACCUAAGAAGGUUACGAGGAAGCUUACUAGUGCGAUUUCAAACUUUGGUGGAGUUCGUCUGGACAAUCCAGGGGUUUACAUUGGGUGGCAUGGGAUAAACUAUGCAAGGAUAAAAGUGAAGGAGGGUCGAUAUUAUCGACACUCUGAUCCCUUGGAUCCAAUUAAGUCAUACUCGCCGUCCUAUGGGUGGCGGAGUAUUAUUUCUGCUCGCUCUCUGGUUAAUAAAGGACUUAUUAAACGAGUAGGGUCAGGGACUUCCAUUUCUGUAUGGAACGAUCCGUGGAUUCCUGCUCAAUCCCUGAGACCAGCAUUAAGCACAGGAUUGCCCGGUGAUCCUCUGCUUUCCGUUCAAAAUCUUAUCGACAGGAAUUCUAAUUCCUGGGACAUGGCUCAGCUUACGGCUACUUUUUUACCGGAAGAUGUGGCUAUAAUUUUUGCCAUCCCUUUACAACAGCCGGAUAAACCGGAUUCAUUAGGCUGGCAUUUUACCAAGUCUGGUAAAUAUUCGGUAAAGUCUGGGUAUCAUAUCCUACGGUCACACAUCCCGGCUACGGUAGUACCAAAAGUCAUUGGGCCGGACUAUGUUCCCUUACAGGCUUUCGUGUGGAAAAUUCGCUGUCCCCCAAAACUCCGCCACUUUAUGUGGCAAGUGCUUUCGGGUUGUGUAGCGGUCAUAGCUAAUCUUCGGAAAUGUGGUAUAAGCUAUGAUCCUGUUUGUGGCUUGUGUGGUUAUGAGGAGGAGACAAUAAAUCAUACUCUUUUUGAGUGCCAUCCUGCACGACAGGUUUGGGCUUUGUCACAGUUUCCGACAGCCCAGGGUGUUUUCCCUUCGACUUCUGUCCUGACUAAUUUGGAUUUCCUCUUUUGGCGUUUCAAGGAUAUUCCUUCACAUGAGAUUUUUCCAUGGAUAUUGUGGUACAUUUGGAAGGCACGAAAUGAUAAACUAUUUAGUAAUUUGGAUUCCAACCCGCUUGCAUUGUUGCGGUUGGCGAAGGACGAGGCUCAAGCCUGGUUUAUGGCUCAGGCGGAGGCCAUUGGCCUCGCGGUAGAUCCCAUCUUUGUGGGUCAACCCUCUGGGAAUGGAGGUUAUGGGGUUUCUAGGCCUUUGUCAAGUUAUCUCUGCUUUGUAGAUGGCUCAUGGAAGGAGAAAGAUCAGUUUGCUGGGAGAGGAUGGUUCUGCAUCUCGCCAAGAGGAGAUGACCCUACCAUGGGAGCAGCCAACAUUUGUCGCAGCCUUUCACCUCUUCAUGCUGAGAUAGAAGCUCUCAUCUGGGCGAUGCGCUGCAUGAUAGGGGCGGACAACGAGUAUGUUAUUUUUCUUACCGACUGCUUCGAUUUGGUGAAGAUGGUGUCUUCGCCUGCUGUACGUUUUCGUUAG